AAAUCGAAAUUCAGAAUCGAAAUUGUUUAACAAAAAUUAGGUUAACCAUUUCGAUAAAAUCACCAAGAUGUCCAUAUGGCAACACAAACGCUAAAUUCGCGUUUGACAGCAAAACAAAAAGCCAAAACAUCAGGAUGGAGUCCAAGUGGCCAAAUGAGAAACGUGAAAAGUUAAUUGAAUUAGUGAGGAAUGAAGAAAGUCUUUGGCGAAAAGCAACAAACCAUCGAAGAUCUGACUUGGAUGGGCUGAAAUGGGAAAUAGUCGCCGCACAUUUAGAUACAACAGUUGAUGAAGCUCAAAAAGAGUGGAGCGGAUUAAAGAAAUCCUUCUAUUACCAGAAGAAUCAAAGGAUUCCUAAUGGAAAUGGGCGUGGUAUAAAGUACAAGUCCAAACAUGCAGCUUUUUAUGAAAAACUGACCUUUCUGGAAGAAAAUAUGCGUGGACGAAGAAGACUUGACGCAAUCGGAACCAAUGUUCUUGUCCCACCACCUCCUGACUACAUAAGCGACAGUGAAGAUCAUAAGCCCUUGCUUUCUUUAGUCGAUGAAGAAAAACCUGGAGUUUUAUGGAUUAACUCUUUGGAAGAUGCUCCUCCCGAUGCCUUCCGCAACACUGGGAAUUCAGAACAAGUUUCAAUAAAAAUUGAACCUUCAGACAACUAUGAGGAUCCUCUCUGUGAAGGAGAUGGAAUGAACAGCACUUACCUACCUACCAACACCCCACAAAACCUUAAUGAUGUUCCUGAGCAGGCGAUGAAUUCCGCUUCGGAGAUUCGUCCUACAAACAGCAAUAGUUUUCAAGGUGAAACUUUCCGUACUCGACCAGGAAGAAGUCGUAAAGUAGAAACUCAGAAUCGUACGGAUACAUUUCACAAUAACUUAACUGAUUCGAAGGGACAGUCCCUAAAAGAAAAUUUAACAGCCCUUUCCCCAUUUGGAAAUUCUUCAGAACCACCUGGACAAGUUGACAGUUUUCUUUUAUUCUUGAAAUCAAUUAUGGAUCCAAUGACCUCAGAAACUUUCAAAGAGUUUCGGCUUAAAAUUUUGAAGCUCUAUAUCGAAAGCAUAAAUAAAGAUUAAUUUUUUUUGUCCCUGAAA